UAGAGUUGGAUACAAACAUAAUGCAGGACAACUGGAUGUGUGGAACCACCAGUUUUCUCCACCUGUGCAGGUUAAUCCUUGCUCAUGCUCAGAACACUGGGUUUCUGCAGAAAGGGCUGCAUGUCUACACAUGUUGCAGCACCUAUGCGCACACAUCUGAAUGGCAUGACUGUGCGUUUCAGAUGGGCUGUGGUGUUUGCCUCUGCACUUCAGUGGAAUGGAACAAACAGAUUCCUGAAAAUGGUCUCAUAAAGUUCCACCAGGUGAGAAGAGUGAUGACCAUCCUUUUCCUUACUAUGGUUAUUUCAUACUUCGGUUGCAUGAAGGCUGCCCCCAUGAAAGAAGCAAACCUCCGAGGACAAGGCAGCUUGGCCUACCCAGGUGUGCGGACCCAUGGGACUCUGGAGAGCGUCAAUGGGCCCCCAGCAGGUUCACGAGGCCUGACGUCAUUGGCUGACACCUUCGAACACGUGAUCGAAGAGCUGUUGGAUGAGGACCAGAAAAUCCCACCCAAGGAAGAGAACAAUAAGGACGCGGACUUGUAUACUUCCAGAGUGAUGCUCAGUAGUCAAGUGCCUUUGGAGCCUCCUCUUCUCUUUCUGCUUGAGGAAUACAAAAAUUACCUGGAUGCUGCAAAUAUGUCCAUGAGGGUCCGGCGCCACUCUGACCCUGCCCGCCGCGGGGAACUGAGUGUGUGUGACAGUAUUAGCGAGUGGGUGACCGCGGCAGACAAAAAGACGGCAGUGGACAUGUCGGGUGGGACUGUCACAGUCCUGGAGAAAGUCCCUGUAUCCAAAGGCCAACUGAAGCAAUACUUCUACGAGACCAAGUGCAAUCCCAUGGGGUACACGAAAGAAGGCUGCAGGGGCAUAGACAAAAGGCACUGGAACUCUCAAUGCCGAACUACCCAGUCGUACGUGCGGGCCCUCACCAUGGAUAGCAAAAAGCGCAUUGGCUGGCGGUUCAUAAGGAUAGACACUUCCUGUGUAUGUACGUUGACCAUUAAAAGGGGAAGAUAGUGGAUUUAUGUUGUAUAGAUUAUAUUGAGACGAAAAUUAUCUAUUUGUAUAUAUACAUAACAGGGUAAAUUAUUCAGUUAAGAAAAAAUAAUUUUAUGAACUGCAUGUAUAAAUGAAGUUUAUACAGUACAGUGGUUCUACAACCUAUUUAUUGGACAUAUCCAUGACCAGAUCGGAAACAGUCAUCAGCGCACAACUUAAAAAAAAAAACAAACAAAAAAAGUCUGCAUUACAUUCCUCGAUAAUGUUGUGGUUUGUUGCCAAGAAUUGAAAACUUUAAAAAGUCUAAAAAAAUGAUAAUAAUAAAUUGCAUGCUGCUUUAAUUGUGAAUUGAUAAUAAACUGUCCUCUUUCAGAAAACAGA